AUGGAGGAGUACCUGAAGAAAAUAUGGUAUGAUCCUCGACAUCCAGGUUCCUUUGCCGGACCCUCUAAGUUAUAUCAGGUGGUGAAACGCGAGGGAAAGUAUGACAUUGGUCUUGGAAAAAUUAAAAAGUUUUUACAAAACCAAGACGCUUACUCAUUGCAAAAGAAAGUGAAGCGUCGAGGGUUUAAACGGAGACGCGUGGUAGUUCAAGGUAUCGACUACCAAUGGGAAGCAGAUCUCGCUGAUGUUCAGAACUUGUCCGAGUACAACAACGGAAUUAAAUUCCUGUUAGUGAUCGUAGACGUGUUCUCUCGUUUCAUGUGGGUUCGACCCUUAAAAGACAGAAAGGCUAAAUCUGUCAUCGAGGCAUUCCAAGACAUACUGAGAGACCCGAGACGACCCAAAGCCAUCCGUACUGACAAGGGAUCAGAAUUUUACAACAGGUACCUUCAACAGUAUUUGAGAGAGCAGGACAUCAAGAUAUUUUACGCCUUGAACGAGACCAAAGCCAAUUUUGCCGAGAGAUACAUCCAGACCUUGAAAAAGAGACUGUAUCGUUACUUUACCCACCUUCAGAAAUACAAGUACUUGGAUAUUUUACAAGACGUGGUUCGAUCUAUCAAUGAUACACCUAACCGAUCAUUAAACGGUCGCACACCCUCCUCUGUCACCCGAGAAAACGAAGAAGAAGUGCGAUUGGACGCUUAUUUAGUGCGUCAAAAGAACAAUGUGCGAGUGCCAAGAGUAAAAAAAAAAUCCAGUAAACCUAGACGACGCAGAAAACCUUUUACAUUUAAAAUUGGUGAUCAAGUACGAAUCACGCAUCAAAAACGAACAUUUCAACGCGAUUACGACCAGACCUACACAGAAGAAAUAUUCACCAUCCGCGAACGCUUUGUUUCUCAAGACAUUCCCAUCUACAAGCUGAAAGACAUGCUAGGUGAUCCCAUUCAAGGUACUUUUUACGCCAGUGAGCUCCAAAAAGUGUCCAAAGACGAAAAUACUAUCUGGAGGAUUGAUAAGAUUCUUAGAAAACGUAAAGUUCGUGGUAAGGAAGAGGUUUUAGUACGAUGGCUGGGAUGGCCCAAGAAAUUUGACAGUUGGAUCCCGAAGGCCGACAUAAAAGAGACAUGA